CGGCGCCAUGACUUCCAUGCGAUGGAUUAUGGCACUCGCACGAACAAAUUCGCCACAUUUUCCACUAACAAGAGAUCACGGAUACAGCCCGUAAAAGCGCGCGCACGAAGGGCACGUCGAACGUGGGAAAAUGAGCUGGGUAAAUUUAGUGUGUGAAAGAAAAGCACACGCUGGCAUUCCCGUUCCCACUCGUCGUCAUCCCCGUCCCCGGUACUACUAUAAAAUGCCCACGUCCUGCCCUCUCCACUUCCCAUGCACCGUGCGCCUCGUCGCUCGAUCUUCCCCUCCGUCUUCUGCCACCUCCUCGAUCCACUACAACCUCGCCGCCUCCCUCGCUCCCGAUCUCUCCACAACACAAGCAAUGGCGAUGUCAAUGGCCGACGAGUACUACGCGGGGGACCUGGAGGACGUCGUCCACCGGCUGCUGCCGCGGGAAAUCUUGGCGGACGUGGGCAUCGUCGUCCCGCCUUCUUCGUGCGCGGUGACUACGCGCCGCGGAGACGACCACGCCGCCGCCGUCGUGGAGGACCUCGCCGCGCACCUCGUCGGCAUACUCGGGCUCGACGCCGCGAGAGAACAGCAGCGCGCCCCUCGUCCGCACUUGCAGCACCACCGUGCUGGGAUGGGGCACGGAAGCAGGGCCCCUGUAGGCGGCGGCCACGGAGGAGCGGCGCGUCAUGCGCCGCCCGCUUCCUGCUGGAACGGAGCUGCGCCGCAUGUGCCGGGGUACGCGAUGGUCGCUGACAUGAACAGCCAUCCUCCGGCGAUGCGCCAAGGCGCCGGCACCGGCGUGUUCCUGCCGCGCGUGGAGGCGUACGGGCAAAACAGAGCAUCCUCCACAUCCCCCAGCCCCAGGAACGGUGCGAAGCCGCCACGGGUGCAGAGGAGGGAGGCCGAUGUCGUGGUCGCGAUGCGGCAGCAGCAACUGCAUCUGCUGCAGCUCCGCGCGAUGGCGGCGGAGAUGCAGCGGCAGCGGGAAGCGUUCGCCGCGGCAUUCCAAUUCCACGGCUGCCCCGCGAUUGCGCCGCCGCAGCAAUGGACGUACUGAACUUCUCAUAUGUAGUGUCGAUUAAUUAUUGGUCGCUUUCUGUAUGCACAAACGAGAAUAAAAUCGGACAGCCACAGUGAUUAAUUUGUUUACCUUCGGGCUAUACUAGAUCGAGUACCUAAAGUGAUCAUAGUGGAGUUGUAUCUUUUUAUUUUAAGGAAGACAAGCAUGGUGUAAAAUUGAGGAUGUUAAAAUUGAAUUUGAAAUUUUUUGUUA